GUCAUAUCCGGCACGGAGCUGUAGCUGGAGGCUAGAGCGGAAGUGACGCGUUUGUGCGGCCGGUGUGAUGGCUGGAGACGGAGGAGGAGGCCGGAGUUGUUGAAGUGGGGAGCGUCAGCUGUGUGCGGAGACAAUGCGGCCUCUUACAUAUCUUCCAGUUUCUUUAGCAAGAGGAAGUUAAUACCAGGAGUUACGACCACCGCUGCAGGUCAGGAUGGGAGCUGCUACUCAUGUGUGCCUAUGUAGGCUCCCACUGUCCUGUCCACCGGAGAGGCUGACUAUUUUCCUAUAGUGUGCAAGCACGGCCACCGCUGCUGGAUUGCGCAAUAAUUUUUCUGAGGUCCGCAUCCGUGUCGUAGCUGAAGCCAGUACCAUGAGAAUGGCCGGACAGUUCCGAAGCUACGUGUGGGAUCCCGUCCUGAUCAUUUCUCAGAUAGCAUUAAUGCAGUUCAUCUACUACGGCUGCCUGGGCCUCUGGAUCGCAUUGCUGGACGCCUUGAUUCACUACAGUCCUUCUCUCGACCAGUUAUUUAAUUGUGAACUCCUGGGAUUUUCUUCUGUACACGGGAGGAUCUCCAUGAUGGCUUUCAUCUUAAACUCUUUAACCUGCGCCUUGGGACUUCUCCACUUUAUCCGCAGGGGAAAGCAGUGCCUGGAUUUCACUGUGACGGUCCAUCUGUUUCAUAUGGUGGGAUGUUGGAUAUAUAACGCUCACUUCCCUAGCACAAUCACCUGGUGGCUACUGAUGUUUGUAUGCAUUGGCCUAAUGGCAGUGACUGGCGAGUAUCUGUGUCUGCGGACUGAACUCAACGAGAUCCCCCUCAACUCUGCACCCAAGUCUAAUGUGUAAACUGUUUUUACCCAGCAUACCUCUCCUGUUUCUUAUACUUCAGUAUUUAUCCUCCACACUGUUAGAUCCGCUAAUGGUUACUGGAGUUUGGUUAAAACGACUUCUAGAAUUUAAGCUACGGAAUGACGAGAUCAUGGAGUAUACAAGCUGUGAGCGAGUAUGUCUGUGUAACCUUUCAGCACUUGCAUUACACACUCAAGGUUUUGGUUGUUUUUACGGAUUGGUAAUAAUUACGUCCACCUUGA